AUGCCUAUUAAGGAACUCGUAUCAAAAGGUUCAGAGUCACUGGGGGCCUGGUAUUAUGUCUACACGCAUUCCACGGGUGUUGGGACUGUCUACCUCGACCAUGCAGGCGCCACCUUGUUCCCCCAGAGCCAGCUUGAAAACUUUACUCGGGAUCUCACGGAAAAUGUUUACGGUAAUCCUCAUAGCCAGAACAUCAGUAGCAAGCUCACUUAUGACACCGUGGAGCAGGUGCGCUACAGGAUCCUGGCGCUCUUCCAUACCACCACAGAGGACUACAGCGUGAUUUUCACUUCUGGGAGCACGGCGGCUCUCAAACUGGUGGCAGAGGCUUUUCCGUGGGUGUCCCAGGGCCCGGAGAGCAGCGGGAGCCGAUUCUGUUACCUCACGGACAGCCACACCUCCGUGGUGGGCAUGAGGGAGGUGACCAUGGCCUUGAAUGUCACAUCCACUGCAGUCAGACCAGAGGACCUGAGGUCAGCAGAGGGACAGGGUGACGGACCCAGCGACCCUGACUGCCAGCUGCCACACCUCUUCUGUUACCCAGCUCAGAGCAACUUUUCUGGAACCAGAUAUCCCCUGACGUGGAUAGGAGAGGUCAAAUCCGGGCAGAUGCGCCCGGUGGGUGUGCCUGGGAAGUGGUUCGUGUUGCUGGAUGCGGCAGCCUACGUGAGUACCUCACCACUGGAUCUGUCGGCUCACCCGGCCGACUUUGUCCCUGUCUCCUUCUACAAGAUCUUUGGAUUCCCCACGGGCCUGGGUGCCCUGCUGGUGCAUCGCCGCGUGGCUCCCCUGCUGAGGAAGACCUACUUUGGAGGUGGCACGGCCGCUGCAUACCUCACAGGGGAAGACUUCUACAUCCCCAGGUCAUCAGUGGCCGAAAGGUUCGAAGACGGCACCAUCUCGUUCCUUGAUGUCAUAGCGCUAAAACAUGGAUUUGAUGCCUUGGAGCGCCUCACAGGUGGAAUGGAGGAAAUACAGCAACAUACCUUCGGCCUGGCACAGUAUACCCACGCGGCCCUGACCUCUCUCCGGUACCCCAAUGGGGCCCCCGUGGUGCGGAUUUACGGCGACUCCGAGUUCAGCAGCCCUGAGGUUCAGGGGCCGGUCAUCAAUUUUAAUGUGCUGGAUGACCGAGGGGACGUCAUUGGCUACUCCCAGGUUGACAAGAUGGCCAGUCUGUACAACAUCCACCUGCGAACUGGCUGCUUCUGUAACACCGGGGCCUGCCAGCGGCACCUGGGGAUAAGUGACGCGGUGGUCAAGAAGCACUUUCAGGCUGGUCAUGUCUGUGGGGAUGACAUUGACCUCAUCGAUGGGCAGCCCACAGGGUCUGUGAGGAUCUCAUUUGGGUACAUGUCUACGCUGGAGGAUGCCCAGGCCUUUCUCAGGUUCAUCAUAGACACCCGCCUGUGCUCACCCAGUGGCCGGUCAGUCCCUCAGGACUGUGCUGCUGGGGAGGCUGGAGUCCCAUCCACGGAGGGCAAGGCUCCCAACGCAACUGCUGUCACCAGGGUACGGGGCCUCAUGCCCCAGGAAGACGCCCUCACAGCCUUGAGGGCUUGGGAUGACCUGUCCACAGCUGUGAAUGCUGUGACUUUGCCCCCACCUGUGCGUGAAGCUACCACACCCCAGCAGACCCUGUUGGAGAAAGCUGCAGGUGUUCUGGAUGCAGACCUUGGGUCACACGUUGUCACCAACCUUUACCUCUACCCGAUCAAGUCCUGUGCGGCGUUUGAGGUGACCAGGUGGCCUGUGGGCAACCAGGGGCUGCUGUACGACCGAAGCUGGAUGGUUGUGAACCACAAUGGUGUUUGCCUGAGUCAGAAGCAGGAGCCACGACUCUGCCUGAUCCAGCCCAGCAUCGACCUGCAGCAAAGGGUCAUGGUCAUCACGGCCAAAGGGAUGGACCCUAUAGAGGUGCCUCUUGAUGAAAACAGUGAGCAGGCUCAGAUUUGCCAAAGCAAAGUCUGUGCUGACAGGGUAAAAACUUAUAAUUGUGGAGAAAAAAUUUCAAGUUGGUUGUCAAAGUUUUUUGGCCGUCCCUGCCAUCUGAUCAAACAAAACUCCAACUUUCCAAGAAAUGCAAAGAAGAAACAUGGAAAAGAUCAAUCUCCUGUCAUGACAGCCACCCUCUCCCUGGUAAAUGAGGCGCAGUAUCUGCUGAUAAACACCUCAAGUGUUCUGGAACUUUACCAGCAAUUAAACGCCAGUGAUGAGAAUGAAUCAUUCCCAAUGAAAGAUCUCAUCUUGCGUUUUCGUGCCAAUAUUGUUACCAAUGGAACAAGGGCCUUUGAAGAAGAGAAGUGGGAUGAGGUUUCAAUUGGUUCCCUGCAUUUCCAGGUUCAGGGGCCUUGUCACAGAUGCCAGAUGAUUUGCAUAGACCAGAAAACCGGGCAACGGCGCCAAGAUGUUUUCCAAAAGCUUUCUGAGAAUCGAGAGAAAAAGGUGAACUUUGGCGUGUACCUGAUGCACAUAUCUCGGGAUGUGUCUUCCCCGUGUGUCCUGUCUGUAGGAUCUCAGGUGUUCCCUGUGUGGAAAGGGAACACAGAAUACCACUAUUUACCUGCUACUGAGAAACACCAGGAUGUUUGCUCCUGA